AUGGCAGCGCUCUGGCUAGCGAGAGCGUCGUCCCAGCUGGCGCGCCGUGCCGCGAGGAGGCUUCCUGCGCGCCACGGCUCCGGCGAACCCACCAGUCCGUGGUUCUUGGGAGUGGUGCCGCCGCCGGCCCUUGGAUCACCGGCGGUGGAGAAAAGCCGUCGGGGCUUCUGCUCCGUCCGGAGAUUUGCAGGGGAGAGCAGCGCUGCUGCCGCUGUCGACGAGGAGCCGGAGAACGGAUUCGUCGCCAGCGAUCAGCAGGCAGUUGACUUUCCUGGAGGGAAAGUUUCUUUUGUGGCUGAAAUGAACUUCCUUCCAGACUCGAUGAAGGAAAGGAUCAACUGCUACCGUGUGCUUGACGAUGACGGCAGAACUAUAUCAGGCAGUAGAUUCCAAGAGGUCAGUAAGGAGUUGGCUCUGAAAAUGUACACCGAGAUGGUCACCCUCCAGAUCAUGGAUACCAUCUUCUAUGAGGCUCAGAGGCAGGGUAGAAUCUCGUUUUAUCUCACUUCCAAUGGCGAGGAAGCAAUCAACAUAGCCUCUGCUGCUGCGCUCGGUAUGGAUGACAUUGUGCUGCCUCAGUACAGGGAACCUGGUGUUCUUCUAUGGCGUGGCUUCACUCUGCAGGAAUUUGCAAACCAGUGCUUUGGGAACAAGCUGGACUAUGGUAAAGGGAGGCAGAUGCCCAUUCAUUAUGGCUCGAACCGUCUGAAUUAUUUCACAGUCUCAUCACCUAUUGCAACACAGCUCCCUCAUGCUGUUGGAGCUGCCUACUCUCUGAAGAUGGACAAAAAGGACGCAUGUGCCAUCACAUACUUUGGCGAUGGUGGCACAAGUGAGGGAGACUUCCAUGCAGCGCUCAACUUUGCAGCUGUUAUGGAGGCACCGGUGAUCUUCUUCUGCCGUAACAAUGGCUGGGCCAUCAGCACCCCAACUACUGAACAAUUCAGAAGUGAUGGAGUUGUUAUCCGUGGCCAGGCUUAUGGGAUCCGUGGUAUCCGAGUAGAUGGCAAUGAUGCUCUUGCUGUGUACAGCGCAGUCCAUGCUGCCCGAGAAAUGGCUAUAACUGAAGGAAGACCUAUUUUAGUUGAGGCACUUACAUAUCGAGUUGGUCAUCACUCGACGUCCGAUGAUUCAACCAAGUACAGGCCAGUUGAUGAGAUUGAGCAUUGGCGAACAGAGAGGGAUCCAAUUUCCAGAUACAGAAAAUGGGUUCAGGGUAAUGACUGGUGGUCUGAUGCUGAAGAAUCCGAGCUCAGGAGCAGAGUCAGAAAAGAGCUUCUUCAAGCCAUCCAGGCUGCAGAAAGAAUGCCAAAACCACCAGUUACUGAGCUUUUCACUGAUGUUUACGAUAAGAUUCCUUCCAACCUGCGUGAACAAGAGCAAUUUCUGCGGGAUACAAUCAUGAAGCACCCUGCAGACUACCCAACUGAUGUACCCGUUUAG